AUGAUAACUUCCCCAGAACAUACUCCUUUGACAGACCCAAUAACAACACAGGUGCCUACAAGUUUUGAUUCUUCUACCACUCCAAUGCUAACAUCCCCAGAACAUACUACUGUAACAGACCCAAUAACAACACAAGAGCCUACAAGUUUUGAUUCUUCUACCACUCCAAUGAUAACAUCCCCAGAACAUACUAAAGUGACAGACCCAAUAACAACACAAGAGCCUACACGUUUUGAUACUUCUACCACUCCAAUGCUAACAUCCCCAGAAUAUACUACUGUGACAGACCCAAUAACAACACAGGAGCCUACAAGUUUUGAUUCUUCUACCACUCCAAUGCUAACAUCCCCAGAAUAUACUACUGUUACAGACCCAAUAACAACACGGGAGCCUACAAGUUUUGAUUCUUCUACCACUUCAAUGAUAACUUCCCCAGAACAUACUACUGUGACAGACCCAAUAACAACACAGGAGCCUACAAGUUUUGAUUCUUCUACCACUCCAAUGCUAACAUCCCCAGAACAUACUAUUGUGACAGACCCAAUAACAACACAGGAGCCUACAAGUUUUGAUUCUUCUACCACUCCAAUGAUAACUUCCCCAGAACAUACUACUUCUUCUACCACUCCAAUGCUAACAUCCCCAGAACAUACUACUGUGCCUACCACUUCUGAUUCUCCAACCACUCCAACUUCAUCAGAAGCAACCCCAGAACAAACUACUCCAACAGAGUCAGAAACGACUCAGGAGCCUACCAGUUCUGAUUCUCCAACCACUCCAACUACAACAGAAGCAACCCCAGAACAAACUACUCCAACAGAGCAGGAAACAACACAGGAGCCUACCACUUCUGAUUCUCCAACCACUCCAAAACCAACAACCCCUGAACAAACUACUCCAUCAGAGCCGGAAACGACUGAGGAGCAUAAAACUUCUCAUUCUCCAACCACUCUAACUACAUCGGAAGCAACAUCAGAACAAAAAGCAACCCCAGAACAAACUACGCCAUCAGAGCCGGAAACAACACAGGAACCUACCACUACUGAUUCUCCAACCACUCUAACUACAUCAGAAGCAACCCCAGAACAAACUACUCCAACAGAGCCGGAAACAACACAGGAGCCUACCACUUCUGAUUCUCCAUCCACUCCAACUACAUCAGAAGCAACCCCAGAUCAAACUUCUCCAACAGAUUCAGAAACGACUCAGGAGCCUACCACUUCUGAAUCUCCAACCACUCCAACUUCAUCAGAGGCAACCCCAGAACAAACUACUCCAACAGAGCCGGAAACAACACAGGAGACUACCACUUCUGAUUCUCCAACCACUCCAAAACCAACAACCCCUGAACAAACUACUCCAACAGAGCCGGAAACAACACAGGAGCCUACCACUUCUGAUUCUCCAACCACUCCAAAACUAACAACUCCUAAACAAACUACUCCAACAGAGCAGGAAACAACACAGGAGCCUACCACUUCUGAUUCUCCAAACACUCUAAAACCUACAACCCCAGAACAAAAGCCGGAAACAACACAAGAACUUACCGAUCCUGGUUCUUCUACCACUCCGAAACCAACGACCACAGAACAAACUACUCCUACAGACCCAGAAACGACUCAGGAGCCUACCACUUCCGAUUCUACUACCACUCCAACAACAUCACUCACGACCCCAGAACAAACUACUCCAACAGAGCCAGAAACGACUCAGGAGCCUACCACUUCUCAUUCUUCUACCACUCCAACUACAUCACUCACGACCGCAGAACAAACUACUCCAACACAGCCGGAAACAACUCAGGAGUCUACAACUUCUGAUUCUCCUACCACUUCAACUACAUCAAAAACCACCCUAGAACAAACUAAACCAACAAAGCCGGAGACAACAGAGAAGACAACACAUGAGCCAACCUCUUCUGAAACUCCGACUACUCCAACCUCAUCAUCAACGGCACAUAGACAAACUACUCCAAUGGAGCCGGAAACAACGCAGGAGCCUACCACUUCUGAUUCUUCUACUACUCCAAAACCAACAACCCCAGAACAACCUACUUCUACAGAGCCGCAAACAACACAGGAGCCUACCACUUAUUAUACUCCGACCACUCCAACACAAACGACACUGCACAAAACUACUUCAACAAAGUCGGAAACAACACAAGGGCAUACAUCUUUUUAUUCUCCUACCACUCCAACUUCAUUACAAGCAACUACAGAACAAACUACUCCUGUGUCGUUGCCAUGUGACGGACUGUGUAAUCCGUGGAAUCAGGAGUGCCUGAGUGACGAAUGUGUUUGUCUAGACGUACUCUCGCCCCAACAGGGGGAAGAAUGCCAGGACCCGUGCUCCGAUAAUUGUGAUCGCAACACCGAGACUUGCGAGGAGACUAGUGGAGAAUUUCAAUGUCAAUGCCGUCCUGGGUAUUAUCUUUCAGGUGACACUUGCGUGGAUUCAUCGACUUUUCUUGCAACCAUGGAGAUAGAAGCAAUCAACGGCACGUCAGCUGAAUUCUCUGAGGACCUUACGAACAGAGAGAGUGAGAGGUUUAUCAUGAUGGAAUCAGAUAUAUGUUACAUGGUUGAUGGCAUAUACGCUGAUACCUUGACUGACUACUAUGGAUGCACUGUCAUCAAGUUUGAUAAUGGUAGUAUCAUCGCAGACAUCAAUCUCCUAUUCGAUCCCGAGACCAAUGUAACAGACCAAAUACUACAAGAGGAACUUGAGAAAGAGAUAGAAAGAACUGGUGGUAACCUUUCGGACGGGUCAUCAGUCUUCACUGUGUCUAACUAUCAAGUAAAACCUACGAAUGAGUGUGAACUGGACAUUGACGACUGUUCAUCUCUUGCAACGUGUACGGAUCUUGGAUCAAAUGGCUAUGAGUGUUCAUGUAAUGAUGGCUACACUGACGUAGAAAACUACCCAGUGGGAACAUGCUUCAUCCACGACAACAGGGACAACGUUUACCCAAAGUACAAUCGGUCAACCAGUAGACAAUGA